AUGUGUGUGAAAAGUUUUAUAGCGGCAUGUGUCACCUUUAUAAAGGAUGUGUUCACGCUUUACAAGGUCGGUAUCUACGAGUGGUUCUGGGCGUUUGCUUAUCUGUUUGUCAACAGAAACAGUAAAGUUAUCUGUAAUGAGAACAUUCUCAUAACUGGAACAGGUAGUGGUAUUGGUAAAGAUUUAGCUAUCAAGUUGGCUGCAAUGGGGAACACGAUAAUCUGUAUUGAUAUCAACGAUGAGGCGAAUAAACAGACAGUGCGCGAAAUAGUGCAGUCUGGGGGACGUGCACAUGGGUACUGCUGUAACGUGGCUGACCAUGAAAAUGUCGUCAAACUUCAUGAGCAGACUUUAGCGGAUGUAGGAAAAGUGUCGUACGUGUUCAACGUUGCUGGCGUGGUUUCUGGUAAACUCUUCCGAGACCUCACACCUGCUGACAUCAAACUGACGAUGGAUGUGAACGUGUUGGCUGUUUUCUGGGUGACCCAGACUUUCCUAGAAGACAUGAGAGAGCUUGGGUACGGACACGUGACCACGAUUAGCUCAGUAGCAGGACUGUUUGGCUCGAUAAAGCUGGUGGAUUACAGUUGCAGCAAGUUCGCUGUAAUGGGCCUUGUCGAGGCUCUUAGAUUUGAGAUUAUGGCAGAGAAUUUGCCGAUAGAGUUCACGAUGGUAAAUCCUUACUUUAUAAAGACUGGUAUGUUCGAGGGAGUGGUGAGCAAAUGGCCUUAUUUCAUGCCAAUGUUAGAAACUGGAUGGGUAGGAGACAAGAUAAUAGAAGCGGUGGAGCAGAAUCGUGUUAUUGUUGUAAUGCCCAGAAUAUUCUACUAUCUUAUGCUAACCAAAGCUUUCUGCCCAGACAGACUCUCCUACCACAUAAACAAGUUCUCGGGAACUUUCGAUGUGAUGCAGUAUUUCACUGGCAGACCUGAUUCCAAAGAAGCGGAUUCCAACACAGAAAAGAGUAAAGACUCAUAGAUAGGUAGCACCAACCUAAAGGAGAGCUGCUAUUACCCACAAAAACUUAUAUCUCAUGUUGUGUUAAUCUAGUUACACUGCAACCAUAACAAUACGGAAACACAAUAAUAUGAAAACAUGAGCUUGUUAAGCGUCGUGUAUUUCUAUAUUUUUGAAUUUCCACGGUGAUUGAGCUGCAGCUAAUAGGAGAUUUUAAUUGUAAAGGGAAAUCGCCCGAAUCCGAUCACGAACCGUUUUAUUGGACCACGUUAUAUCGUAGUGUGAUGUAGUGCUAUAGUGCUAUAGUGCUAUAGUGCUAUAGUGCUAUAGUGCUAUAGUGCUAUAGUGCUAUAGUGCUAUAGUGCUAUAGUGCUAUAGUGCUAUAGUGCUAUAGUGCUAUAGUGUGAUGUUCUGUGUAGUGUGCUAUUAAUAGGUAGUUUUCUAAUAAUAGAUUUUAUUAACUUAUAUAAUAUCCUUGGAAUUUAUUUUCACCAGAGUAUUUAUGUGUGGCUGUAAUUUUACCGUGUUUCAAAAACAACGAACUCUAUUAUUAUGGGAUUUGUGGUUUCUAAACUAUUUGGCUUUUAAAAAUCGAAUGGGGCUAUUCAUUUUCUACACAAGAUCUAAUUAAGUCCAUCCCGGAAAGAGCGCACUUUUUGAAAAGCUUCAAAAUAUUCUGCUUUGUAAAGAAAGCAUGAUUGUUCCUUCAGAACCCGAUCAAAUAUACAUGCCCCAAACUAAAGAAAACCACAGUUGAAGAAGUGGGACUCUGUAUCAAAUUUUAGAUGUUAAUUUGUAGUUGCCACUUUGGAUUUAAUGUUUGUAAACUUGACAUUACCACGUCUUGAAUUUUUAUGGGUGAUAAUUUCAAUUUGCAUUAUCAUGCAGAUAAAGUUCAUGAAUAUUGAAUAAUUCAAAGCCAUGAAAAAUUAAACUGUUCAUUAUAUGCUGAAGUUACCUAAACUUUUCUCAAGAAAAUUGAAGUGGGAUAAUCUAAAAUGUUUAACCUAAUUCGGAGUGCUAAACUUAACUCUUCCCUAAGAUAACAGGAAGGGAAUAUGCAGAGAUUAUGUUGAAUAUUAUGACACCCUAGUAAAAGAGAUUUUAGAAUUUGUGCAUAUUUCAAAUUCUAAAAUCGAACACGCAGAUUUGAGCCCCAAACCACUGACACGUCUCCCCCAGUUGGCAGUUACACUUCUAUAUCUUAUUUGCUUCUUGCUCUUUCCUUACAUAUUUGGGAAUUACUCCAGGAAUUUCUAUCCUGCCAACACAAAGCUACAGCCCCGGAAAUCUGUUUCAUCACUCAUCGAAUUAUUCGAUUGACGUCAAUGCCUUUUAUUUCAUUAAAGUCAUUACUAGAAAGCAUUAUGUGCUAUAAAUUAACUAUAAAAUGUUACUCAACUAUUAUAUUCCAAUACGUGUACAAUGUAAGCUUGUAUUAACUGUUAAUACAAGCGUACUGCUAAGAAGAAUAACGUAGAAGCUUCUAAUGUUGCUGUCGUCAAAUAUUUUGGCUGUCAUCCAUUUUCAGUUUAGCCACGGAGAUGUAAUAUUACCUGAAUUACGGGUAAUUUUCGUUUGAGGUCACGUUCCUAAUUACCAUGUACGCAUUAUGCUGUAACUUUUAUGGGUGCCUCGUUACCGACUACAUUCGAGACAUUCUAGAAGUUUAUCGUCGUGGAAAAUGCGAAUGACUGAUCUAAUUUUCUUACAUUAUUCAUGUUAUCAGUUUCAUUUGGUAAACUGUUCAGCUUUUGUAGGAGAUAAUUAAUGCGAUUCACAGGCGACCCCAUGUAAGGUGUUUAUAUAGAUAUGACUCUAGGAUAUGCUUACAUAUUGGAAUAUUGGAAUAUUUAAUGAUUUAACUUAAGUCUCGAUGUGGAUUAUUUAACUGUUACAUGAGUGUUAUUACUAAAACCAGUGUUUUUGGUGUGGUAAAUAUUUUAUUACAUUUUGGUGUCAAUUAAAUAAUGAAUUAGUUCCGGUGCCUGUUUUUAUUCGUUGUUGCAAAUGUGAUGGAAAAUAGUUAAAUUAUUUCGAUUAGAUUAUGGUCUUUAUUUAAAUUGUGCUGCCAGCCGAUUUAUGCAAAUUUAGUUCAGUAACUAGUAAAUUAUUACCUCCGUAUUCCAUAAAAUCAUGUUGAUUUAAUAUUUGAUGAUUUAAAAUUCAA